AUGAACAUCACUGCGGCCGACAAAGAACUGCUAGUCGGAACCAUCAUGUUACGGAGGCCGGAGGAGCAACACUGUGGUUGUCAUGGUUGGUGUUCACAGUUUAUGAAGCAUAAACUUCUCUCCUCUCUGUUCUGUUUGCUGCUACGUCAGCACCACCGCUCCCUAGCAGCUGAAGAUUUGUUGUCGCCGUCUCUUUCCAUCACCGUGUGCCACCAGGUGGGUGGCUACACCUGUCUUGGAUUGUAUCUUGGCCGGUCAUCCGAAGAAAGACCCCACUGCCAUAACCGUGAGGUGGUGGCUGCUGCUCUCCACCACCGUCUGUGGCCACAAGACCCAGAAGCAUGUGUUGAUGAUUGGGAUGUGGAUAUAAGGGAACGUAACAAUGAUGUGGAUGGGGUUGAGUGGUUUGGACAAGCACCACAAACACAAGCAAAUUUAAACCAACAUGGUGAUGAUUUGGAGUGGAACUUGAAGAAGAAGGAAGUCAUAAGGAAGCAAAGGAACAAAGAGCAAGCUUGGAUCAAACGUCCUCUUCGGAAAUCUGAGCUAUUGGAGGUAUAUUCUUUUUGUUUCAAGUAUGAGCUCAUUUUUAAAGAUUUUGUCACUUUUAUUUGGAUUCUUUGGGAGUUGAAGAACUCUAGAGAUUAUGGAUGGCCUCAGAAGGUCUUUAUCUUAUGA